AUGGGUCAUUUCUGGGACCACGCUGCCAAAAUGUACGGUGGCAAGGGCGAAGUGGUGGUCAGAGACCUAAAAGGUGCCGACAAGAUGGACUCCGGUAACUACCGUGCCGGCGAGGGUCCUCUCCGAGCUUUCAUCGCCGCUAUAGCCGCUGAGUUCGGCGACAAGAAGAUCUACAAGGAGGCACUUGAUCAGCUUGAUAACAUCUACUUCCUUAUUAAAGCUACUAAAAUAGGAUCGCUUUAUAAUAAUGGCCUUUUAGCUAUUACUUAG